GACUGAUACAUUCGUGAGGGAACUGGCCCACAAUCGUGUUUGAAAUGUUCAGUGUCGGGUUUCUCCGCUCUUUUUUGCAUGAGCUAUAGUUACAACAGACAACGCACACUACAAUGGUUCAGAUCACGUUAGUCUUGACUUCUUUGAUUCUUUUGCAUUUAACAUCGUAUGCUGUGAGUGAUGACAUGAAGGGUACGCUAAAGAAUGCGCCGAGUUACACCGAAGCCUACUUCAUGCCAGUAUGGCAGAACAGAUUGUAUGUGUACUCUGCUGCAGCAGUUUUUAUUGGAAUCUGGUUUACACUGAAGAUGACUUUGAAAAGGCAGAAGAACAUUCAUAGUCCUGUGAACCUGGGACUGCACUCCAGAGCAAUUAAGGAGAAUGGAUAUUUUGUUGAGAAAGAGGAGGUUCAUGUUUCAGGGGUGAAGGUUUUCUAUGGGACACAGACUGGAACGGCAAAGGGCUUUGCCAUUGAUCUUGCCGAAGAAGUCAAGACACUGGGCCUGACAGCUGAAGUAAUUGACCUGAAAGAUUACGAUCCAGAUGAAAGUAUUGCACAUGCGUGUACAAACAAAAGUAUUUAUGUUUUUCUACUUGCCACUUACACCGAUGGAAAGCCUACUGAGAAUGCAGAAUGGUUUUGUAAGUGGCUUGAAGAGGCCUCCACUGACUUCCGAUACGGCCAGACUUACCUGAAAGGCAUGAGAUAUGCAGUGUUUGGGCUGGGAAACUCUGUGUAUGUCGGUCAUUAUAACACGGUGAGCAAGAACGUAGACAAAUGGCUGUGGAUGCUGAGUGCAGCCCGCGUCAUGACACGAGGAGAAGGCGACUGCAACGUGGUUCAGAGCCAGAAUGGCAGCAUACAGGCGGACUUUGCCGCUUGGAAGGCCAGGUUCCGGAAAAGCCUCGUGGCUCUGACCAAGGGGGAGAAAUCAUCCUGUAGCAGCAAGUGUGGAAACUGCGCCUGCAAGAACAAUGAGAAGCACCAGGAUCAGCAGGAGAAAAACCAUGCUAUGGAGAAACCGCAGCAGCACAGCUCAGAGGUGAGCCAGCCAGAGGAGGAAGUCUCUGAGCUGGUGGAGUCCAGCAGUGAUGAAGAAUCGGUUGUGGAUGAAGAAAUGGGCCAUGGCUCCGUCAUCGAUGUGGAAGACCUGGGAAAUAUCAUGAGCAGCAUUAAAAAAAACAAGAGAAAGGAGGAGGGUGAUCAGCAGAUGGUGAAACUGCUCAAGAAGGAGGAGGCCAGAGAGAUGAUCACCCCUACUCUACGGGAAGCUCUGAGCAAGCAAGGAUAUAAGCUGAUUGGAAGUCACUCAGGGGUGAAACUCUGUCGUUGGACCAAGGCCAUGUUGCGAGGAAGAGGAGGCUGUUACAAGCACACUUUUUAUGGGAUUGAGUCCCACCGUUGUAUGGAAACCACUCCUAGCCUUGCUUGUGCCAACAAAUGUGUGUUUUGCUGGAGGCACCACACGAACCCGGUGGGCACCGAGUGGCGCUGGAAGAUGGACCCGCCUGAGAAGAUCUUGCUGGAGGCAGUGGACAAACACCGCAACAUGAUCAAGGAAUUCAGAGGUGUUCCAGGUGUGCUGCCGGAGCGAUUCGAGGAGGGACUGGCUGUGAAGCACUGCGCGCUCUCCCUGGUGGGGGAGCCCAUCAUGUACCCCGAGAUCAACGCCUUCCUCAGGCUGCUGCACCGCCAGCACAUCUCCAGCUUCCUGGUCACCAACGCGCAGUUCCCCGAGGAGAUCAGGACCCUUGAGCCAGUGACUCAGUUGUAUGUCAGUGUGGAUGCCAGCACAAAGGACAGCCUAAAAAAGAUUGACCGCCCGCUAUUCAAGGACUUCUGGAACCGCUUCUUGGACAGUCUCAGAGCAUUAGGGGAAAAGCAACAGCGCACUGUGUACAGACUCACACUGGUGAAGGCGUGGAACGUGGCCGAGCUGAAGGCUUACGCUGACCUCAUCACACUGGGCAAACCUGAUUUCAUUGAGGUGAAGGGAGUGACCUACUGUGGAGAAAGUUCAGCCAGCAGUCUGACCAUGGCCAAUGUUCCCUGGCAUGAAGAGGUCAUCCACUUUGUACAGCAACUGGCUGAUCUGCUCCCAGACUAUGAUAUAGCCUCUGAACACAAGCAUUCAAACUGCCUUCUGAUCGCUCAUCAUAAGUUUAAAGUUGAAGGGGAGUGGUGGACGUGGAUCGACUAUGAACGAUUCCAGGAGCUUAUCCAGAGCUAUGAGGAGAGCGGGGGCAGCAAGACGUUUUCUGCCAUGGACUACAUGGCCAAGACUCCAAGCUGGGCUGUUUUUGGGGCCAAGGAGAGAGGCUUUGACCCAGCAGAUACCCGAUACCAAAGGAAAAAAAAGACUGAUAUCUCAGGAUGUUGAUGACAGCUGAAUGGCACGAUUUUUCUCAUGGUUCCACAGAGGGGAAGAUUUCUUUUUAAUUUUUCCAACUUCGAAGAUCUAAGCUGAGUGGGAUCUCACUUUCAGGGAAUUUGCAGUGUGUAACUAUAGGGACAUCCUGUCCCUUUUUUGUGCUUUAAAACAUAA